AUGGAUAUUAUUAAUUGCAUCCUUAAAAGCGGAUAUUCGUUUCCGUUCUUCCGAGAAGUCUUAGCAAUUCUACCAAAGCAAUUGGAUAAAACGAUAGAGUACUCAGAAUACAUCGAGGCAUAUAUGUUUCAUAACUUCAUUGCUUUUUUAUUACUUCCUGCUCAUUUGCAAACCGAAAUUAAUCUUUUAACAAUUUUAAAUAAUAUUUUAGUAAUUAUCGAAACAAACAGGAAAUCGAUUAUCGCCAAGAAAGCAUUCCUUUAUACAAUCUAUAUCGCAUAUCAUAACAAUCAUCAUUCAAUUCCUACAAGUGUUAUUGCGCAAUUUCAUUCUUUUACUAUAAACUACUCAGAAAGUGUCGAAACACAAUGCAUUGAGUUAACAACGUAUCUCGCACAAACAUACUUUUCCACCGAGCAAUCCUUUAAUACUGAUUUCGGUUACUCUUUAUUAUCAAUUAUUACGAAUUUAACGAGAUUCGAAUUACAGUCUUACCAAGCCGAUAGGAUAUUAACAGCUAUCACACCCGGACUAUUCAUUUUACCAAAUCCUAAUAUAAUUGUUUACGAAGUUUUUCAAAAAAUAAUUUAUAAAUGCAAUCUUAUCAAACAUCUUGAUAUUUGCGAACGCAUAGGACCAUACUUAAUAUAUUUCAUAUCUCUUGCCAAUAAAGAUUGUCCUUUAGACUUAGUAAAUCAUUAUGAACCAUUUCGUAACAUUUUAUCAGAUAAUUUCCAACCGGCACCUUUAGAUGAAACAUUUUCAAACAAAUUUGCAUUCAUUAUGCCCGAAAAUAUUAACAAACCUACGUUUGAUAUCGAAAUUCCACAAAUUGUCAGUAACAUCCUCGAAAUCAUCUUCUCGAGCUUCCACGAUGAUACGGAGUGCAUGAAUGCAAUACUUUCAUCGUUCCUUAAGGACAUAAAAAAACACAUUUCAGAACCAAAAGCAGGAAUUUUGUUCCAGUACUUCCUAUACAUUGCGGAACGUGCAUCCGAGGUUAACGCACAAGUAUUUACAAUAGAUUUUAUCUAUACACUAGAGAUUUUUGACUUAGCUGUCACUUUUUGGACACCAAGAGAAAAUUUCGAGAAUAUGAGUACAAUAAGGUCAAAUGCACUUAAGUUUAUUAUUAGUAAGAAGCCAACGAACGUGUUCGAUCUCAUCUCCAGACUGAAAGAAUACCCACUUUUCGUGGCAGAUAUUUUAUUAAGGUGUUCUAUGAUGCCUAGCUUCGUCAAAUAUAUACCGCACAACAACAUUUCGGUCAUUGUUGAGAGUCUUCAGCAGCACUGCUACAUAAAUCCUUGUUUUGAGGCUUUUGUGGCAAGAAAAGUUUUAUUAAAUUACAUUGAAGAGAUUUCUAAGUCAGAUGAGAUAGUGGAAGCACUGUUUCAGAACGUAUCAUUCAUGAAUGUGUUCAUAAAUCUGAUUUACGAACGAGAAAUGAGAGAUUAUGUUUUUAAUUUCUUUAAUUCGUUCUUGAAGAAGAACGCUGACUACUCAAACAUAUUCCAAAGCUAUGGAUAUGUCAUGUCUGAGGUCUUAUUCCACGCUGCUGAUGAAAAUUACUUACAAUUAUAUUUGGAUUUGUUUUCUAACUUCGUGAACAUUGCGGACUAUAUUGGUUUGGAUAUAUUCCUAAUAUACAAGGCAAGCAUACUCAAGAAUCUCAAUAAUUUCUCGUUUUCGAAGCAAUCUCGUCUGAGAUUCUUAAAAAACUUUGACUUUUUCAGAAGUUGCAGGAAAUAUCCGUUAACAGCUGAUGACUGUGAUAACAUGCUAAGAGCCGCUAGAGAAAUUUUUGGAAAUGAAGAUUUAGAUUUAUUAUAUUCGAGUUUAUUGGAUUAUUCAACAGGAUUCCCACAAGAAGUUGAUAACCCUAUUAUAUUAGAGCCAAAUUCAUUCAGACUAACCAUAGAAUUCUUCUUUGGAACCAAAUUUUGUAAUAGAAUUUUAGAUUAUACGUUUAAGAUGUGCAAUGAUAACAAAGAGAACUGUAUUUCAUGCUUUGAAGGUGGAGUAGAUGAUUAUAUCAUUGAUGAAGCUAAGAGAUUCAAGAGUUCUGAAGUAAAUGAAACAGAUCUCCAAAAAUUGAAGAAAUUAUUUGAUAUUUUCAUGGAACUCGUAUUAGUUAAGACAUCACAGAAGGUUGUCAAUAAGUUUAUAACUCUUUUGACUCCAAUAAAAUCAAAAGAUGGAAAUUCUUUUGUCAAGUCUCCUUAUUAUCAGUUAUACAUGGACACAUUGAACACUAUAAUCAAACGCAACUACAAAUUAUAUGGUCCAACAAUCACAAUUGGAGAUCCAAGUUAUUCAGAGUAUAAUAUCAAAUCAAUACAAGGUCUGAGCUCAGGAUUUUCAAUUUUGUUCUGGGUUAGAUAUUUUGAUACAGAAAUUUCCGAUGAUUUUUCGCCAUUACACAUUUUGACAUUAGAUGAUCGAGGCGUAAAUAAGAAAUUAGAGGUUUAUCUUCAUAACAGAUCGAUAAAGAUUUUUUAUGAUACCGAAACAACCAUCUCCAGCCAAUUUUUACCAAAUCAAUGGACAAUGAUCUCUCUUAGAUUCCUUAAAAUGAGUAAUCGAUCGUUUUCUCUUAUAGUUUCAUACAAUAUGGAACAGAUUUCCCACUUCAGCGAGUUCAAUCUCCAUAGUUUUACAGAUUCAACAUCUGGAUUGUUGUUUAAACCACAAGAACCAGGGAAAAAGUACGCUUCAGUUGAGCUGAGUCAGUUGUUUAUAUCUAAUAACACCAAACUGGAUAUAGUUAACCAGUUCUACGACAUGAAUUGCUUCAGUUCUUAUCCAAAUGAGAAAAAUUUGUUGUUGACAUUCAAGGCAAUCUCAGUAAAACAGAAGAAAUCAUACGACGACAACAGGUUUACAACAUAUCUAUUGCUAUGGAACUUAGAACCACUGCUUCCUUUGUUUACUUCGACGAAUUUUGCAAAUUAUGAUGGACAAGUCAACAAAAAUGAGAUGAAGAAUGUGGUCAGACUGUUCACAAUGUUGUUGUAUAACGAUAACGAUCAGUAUAAUUUCACAAGAAACGAAAAUAUCGGAAAAAUUUCUUAUUUAUUAGAGCAAACAAGCAACAAGACGCUCUAUUUGAACUACGAUUUGUAUCUUGAGAUAUACGCGCUCUUCAGAUCGAUUUCAAACUUAGAAUUGAAAAAGAAAAUUUUCCGAGAUAUUUUAAUUUACAUGCCAAUAUGGAAAGGAGCCAGCUUAGUUGACCAGCAUAAGAUAAUACGCCAUUGGUCAACCGAUUUGUUCACUCAUGAUCUUCAAAUCGCUCAAAUUGUUUGUAAUUUCUCUUUCUUCUUCCCUCUUUACAAUUUAACAUACAGCUACGAGAAGUUUUCUCCACAAAGUGACAGCGAUUACUCUUCCUUACCACUCGAUGAGAUGUUUACACCUGCUUCCAAGAAAAUCGAAGUUGAAGGGGAAAAUUCCGACUCAGAAAAUUCCACUUUUUCAGAGAAAACUUCUUCCAUUGAAUUGUUCAAAAUGAUCCAAGAAGAUAUUAUUAACAUUUGCAACAUAAUAGCAUCAUAUAACUUCACAAAAGGCGAUUUCGACCUCUUGUUUUACUACAUUUACGAAUCUAACAACAAUGAACAGGUCAUGAAGUAUAUUAACUUGAUGUCUCGCAUCAUUGACAAGUCUGAGAAGAUAAAGACAAUAGGAUUAAUGCCAGAAGAUGUAGUUCGCUUCCAAUUAUUGUUUAAUAAAUCUAAUUCAGAGCACUUCAUCACAACUAUCAUUGAUAUUGUGAUUAAUAUACACCAUAAGCAGAUAUUUGUUAAGGAAAACUUGAGUUGGACCACAGAAUCUUUCAUUAUUUCUCUAAGUCCGAAAUAUAUCACAGAUGACAUCUUCAAAUACUUGUCAAACAACAGUUUGAUAUUCAUGGAUAUCAUUCCUUUGUGCAUUUGGUGCUCUCUUGGCACAAAUGAGAAAUCUGACGAAUAUCAAACACUUCUUUUGACUAAUUUAGGUCUUGGAGCUCAAAUCGAGUCUAUCACUAACAAGAACUUGCUUCUAAUUUGGUGCUGCAUCUUCAUUGUCUUGACAAAAGACUCUGAUAGAAAAUACCAAAUGGCAAUUUGGGUUUUACAAAUUGUAACCUUCGAACAUCUAUUCAUCUGCUUAGAUUUCGUUGCAAAAUGCUUGAAUUCUGAUUCAGAUCUCAUUAUUUCUGAUCUUCUCAAAAAAUAUUUCGAAAAUCACCAAGGAAACAAAGAGAAAAUGAUUGAUCUGAUCGAAUAUUCCUCAGUAUACCUGUUCAUGAGGCUCAAAUCCAACAAAAUGAAGUUUGAUAAUUCUCCAAAUCGCGAUAAAAUCAAGAAGUUCGUAGAUUUCAAGGAUAUUUUCAAUACAAGUCUAAUCUACAAGAACUUACUGGUCCGAAACGUGAAACACGGCCGUAAUUAUCCAGGAAUCAAACUUCAAAACAACGAAUGGAUGGAUUUAGAGUUUGCCAUGAAGCUAUACAAGUAUAUCUGCCAGAACAUGCUCGUUAGCUGCAAGAACUACGCGAUUUUGAUUGGUUUCUAUUUGGCAUUAUGUCAGAAAUCGAAUCUUCCUGAAUUUGACGCGAAUAAUUCAUUCAUUAGAGAGGAUUCUCUUCUUUUCCAGACUCUUUUCUACAGUUGCAAGGAAAGAAACGACAGAACUAAGUUUGAAAUCCUUAACAAACUCAAUCCAAUCAUUGAAUCUGUCUACUCUUUACUUGCAAAGAAUUAUUUUGACUCAAAUUCCAGAUUUUUGACAGUUUUCUAUCAAAAAGUGGAAGAAUCUCACAAUUUCAUUGUCAAAACCGCUCCAAGAAUCAACAGUGAAGUUAGUUUGAAGACAUUAAGUCAAGUAAACAUGUUACAGAGUAUUAGAAGUGACAAUGACACGUGGAGACAUUCAUGGAGCCAAUUGUGGAGCCAGUUAAAUGCGAAAUGUGGUCCUUGGGAUCACAACAAGAAACAGUAUUUCAAGAGAUCAUCGAAAACAUGUAUAUACGGUGUCCCUCUCCUGUUCAAAGUCAACAAACACCCUGUGAAGCAUCUAGCAUUCGGAGAAUUCAUAAGACAAUCAAUUUCUUUGGAUCUAAAAGAAGAAGUUUUCUCUAAAAAUGUGUCUCCGCAAAGAUUAAUCACAAAAAGUGACAAUUUUAUUUGUGAUUUACGAUGUACAUUGAUCAAAAUCAAUAAGGAAGAAGAAGGUGUAUUCAGACUCUUCAAGAAACGCAUUGAAAUCGAAUUCGACACGAAAAGAAUUAUUCAAAUCGAUUUCCAAACAAUUCAAGGUGUAGCAAUCAGAAAUCAUUGUCACCUUUUGACUGCAAUUGAAUUGUUUUUAGAUUCCAAGUCGUAUUUCAUUGAUUUCGGACAAAAAGUCACUUAUAAGAAGUUAAAAGAAAUCAUUGAACACAUAUCAUUGAACUCAAACAACAUAGUUAACAUUGUAAAAUCAGAGAAAUUCUGGGAGAAUUUCAAAGAUUUGCAGUUCACAAAGAAAUGGGCGAAAGGAGAAAUUUCUAAUUACGAAUACUUGAUUCGCUUGAAUUUCCACUCUGGAAGAUCCUUCAAUAACUUGUCUUGUUACCCAAUUUUCCCGUGGAUUAUGUCUGUUUACGACAAUAUAAAAAUUGACCAAUUAAAUUCGUCACUUUUCAGAGAUUUGACACUUCCUAUCGGCGCAAUCGGAAAAGAAAGACUUAGAUCAUUAAAAGAAGAUUUCUAUCAGGAAUGUCACUUUUUAUACAGUUCACCACAAAGUUCUCCUUUAACAAUCAAUGUUUACAAUGUUAGGAUUGAACCAUUUGCAUCUAAACAAGUUGAUUUACAAGGCGGACACUUCGAAGAUCCAAAUCGCCAAAUGAGAGAUUUAAGUGACAUGUACAAAAUCGUUACAAAAGAGACGAAUUACACAGAGUUAAGUCCAGAAUUCUUCAACACUCCUGAGAUAUUGUUGAAUGAAAAUGAAUUCGAUAAAAUACCAGAUGUUAAAUUACCAUGGAAUUGUGAAAGUGCAGAUCAUUUUGUUUAUUUGCACAGGAAAUUAUUGGAAUCGAAUUUUGUCUCUGAGAAUUUGCAUAGUUGGAUUGAUUUAGUUUGGGGAUACAAACAAACGGGAGAUGAAGCAAUAAAAGCAAAUAAUAUCUAUGAUCCAAGAUUUUACAUCAAUUCACAUUUGACAACAUCAUCUAUGAGUGAAGAAGAACAAAACAACUUGUUUGUUGCGAGAAGACAAAUUGGACAAAUCCCUCCACAACUGUUCCAAAAACCUCAUCCAAAACGAAGUGUCAAAAGUGACAAUCCUCCAUUUUCAUCACCUUUUUAUGGAAAAAUCGGAUUCGGACAGAUCAUUAUGUCAUCAAUCGAAUUCGCCAAGAACGACAACCUUAAGAUCUUAGGUUUGACACAGAACGGAAACUACUUCAGUUUCCCACAAAAUUCACAACCAACAAGUUUAUUGAAUCUUUCAGUCAAACCUGCAUUUCUAUCUUUCUGUGGAAGUGAAUGUUUCACAGUUUACUUGAACCAUGUUAUUUCUAUUGACUUGCACAGUGGUAAUGUUACUGACUACAAGAUAGUUGUUUUCAAUAACAUGACAGUGAUCAAUGGCUGUUCUAAAUUCAUUGUUUUAGGAUACAAUGAUUCAACAGCUCAAAUCAUCAACAGAAAUACUAAAAAAGUCACACAAUUAAAUCUUUACCGCGGCAAAGUCACAUGUUUAGACAUUUCUCUUAACUUCGGUGUUGUUGUUAUUGCUACAGAAGACGGUGUUAUCACAGUCGCUGACUUGUACACUGGCGACACAAUCAGGAACAUCAUGGUUAAUUUCACAGUUCAUCAGAUUUGUAUCACAAAAACAUGGGGAUUCAUUGUCACAUCUUCGAACGACAAAAGCGGACAGAAAUUCAUCUCAUGUUACACUAUCAAUGGGAGAUUCAUCAGACAGAAAGAAGUCCAGUCUGUUGCAGAUUCUAUUGUCACAUGGUCAUCAACAAGUGGAUUCGACUACAUCGCAGUCAACUUGAGUGGCAUUGUCAACUUUUCAGAAGCAUUCUUCUUGAAGUUUUCACCGAAAUACAACAGAUACUCAGGCAAGAUCUGUCGCAUGGAAUAUUCCGAUAAGAUGAAAUCUCUUGUUGUUGUUCGUGAGAAUGGUGAAUACGAGAUACAUCCAAUUCAAAUGUAA